GGAAGCAGCCAUGGUCUAAGCCGGGCGCCUCACCUGUCAGCCGCACCGGCUCCUGCGCUCGCCUCUCGCCCUCGCUUCUCCAGCGCUCCUUGCUCGCAAGGCGGGGGCGGCGGCGGCCCAGCCACGAUGAUACAUUUCAUAUUGCUCUUCAGUCGACAAGGGAAAUUACGGCUACAGAAAUGGUACAUCACUCUCCCUGACAAAGAGAGGAAAAAGAUCACCCGGGAAGUUGUUCAGAUUAUUCUCUCCCGUGGUCACAGGACAAGCAGUUUUGUUGACUGGAAGGAGCUAAAACUUGUUUAUAAAAGGUAUGCUAGUUUAUAUUUUUGCUGUGCAAUAGAAAAUCAGGACAAUGAGCUCUUGACGCUAGAGAUUGUGCAUCGUUACGUGGAGCUGCUGGACAAAUAUUUUGGAAAUGUCUGCGAGCUGGAUAUUAUCUUCAAUUUUGAAAAGGCUUAUUUCAUCCUGGACGAGUUUAUAAUAGGUGGAGAAAUUCAGGAAACAUCCAAGAAAAUUGCUGUCAAAGCCAUUGAAGACUCUGAUAUGUUACAGGAGACAAUGGAAGAAUACAUGAACAAGCCUACAUUUUAACUGGAAAUCUACUUGAAGACUCCAGCACUACAUGUUAUGAAGCUGUAAAUAAGCAAUGCCUCUCAUCCCGUUUUUUGAUGGAGCCUCAGGCACCAUGCCAAAAAUAAUUUAAAGGGAUUCUUUGUUAACUAACAAAGUUAAAGUUGUUUAACAUAUUUAUAAUUACUAUGUGUCUGUAUUAUUUAAAAAAACAAAGAAAAAAAACUAUGUGUCUGUAUUAUACUGUACAGGUUACUUGUAGCUCUAAAUGUUUAAAGUAACUACCACCUAACCCAACAGACAAUAUUUGUAAUGUAUUAACUCCAUGUUAUGUUUUUAAGCUAGUUUAGAUAAAUUAGCUGCAAUUUUUUUGCAUUUGACACAAUAUUGUAAUAAUCCAUGAUUUUGAAUGUAAAGUAUAUGCGAUGUCAUUAAUACUUUUUCUAAAUGUUUAGUUUUUUAAAUUGUAUAAUAAUUCAAAAUUAUGUUAGUGCAGAGUUUAUAUGUAAUGCUAGACAUUUUUCAUACACUUAAUAGUAUUGUAACUGCAAUUCACAUACAAAGUGUCUGAUUUUAAUGUGCUGAAUUCAUUUUUUUUCAGAAUUGAGAUUAAGAAAAUAACCAAAGAGUAUAGAAUUUAAUAGGUGUUUUUGAUGCCUUAGAAGCUGCUAUCUUGACUGAGAUUUUAAUUUAUCUUUUAAUUGAAUAUAAGGGACAUUCCAAUAAGGUUUUCUACAAACAAUAUAUUUAUUAAGGUUUAUAGAGACCUAGAGAUACAGCAUCUAUGACUUCUUUUAUUAUUCUAAAAUAGUAUAAGAAUUAAUAACAAUAGCAAUAAUAAUUAUUGCUACUAUUUUUUAAAAUUCAUGUUCCAAGCACUCUUAGAUGCUGGAAAUUUCAUUUCAAAUAUGUUUUAAUGUAUCUCUAAUGCAUUUGAAGACUUAUUACAUGGCUUACUUAGAGCAUUUAAGCUUAUCACAGCCUAUAUGGUAGAUUCCUUUCCUCCUUUUUUCUUUUCUCGCCCUUUCCUCCCCAAAGAAAAGAUUUGCUGCUGACCGUUAUUACUGUAAAUAUAUCACAUUUGUGCUUCCUGGAAUGAAAAUUCUGUAUAACCAGGUCCUAACAGUGAUCAUACAUUAUUACAGGGAAAUAGCCCGUAGGCCAAGUGCGGUGGCUCAUACCUGUAAUCCCAGCACUUUGGGAGGCCGAGGCAGGCAGAUCACUUGAGGUCAGGAGUUCGAGAGCAGCUUGGCCAAUAUGAUGUAACCCCAUCUCUACUAAAAAUACAAAAAUUAGACUGGCGUGGUGGCUCAUGCCUGUAAUCCCAGCACUUUGGGAGGCAGAGGUGGGCGGAUCACAAGGUCAAGAGAUCGAGACCAUCCUGGCCAACAGGGUGAAACCGCAUCUCUACUAAAAAUACAAAAAUUAGCCGGGUGUGGUGGUGCACGCCUGUAGUCCCAGCUACUUCGAAGGCUGAGGCAGGAGAAUCGCUUGAACCUGGGAGGCAGAAGUUGGAGUGAGCCGAGAUUAUGCCACUGCCCUCCAGCCUGGGCGACAGAGCGAGACUUCUUCUCAAACAAACAAAAAAAUUAGCCAGGCGUGGUGGCAGGUGCCUGUAAUCCCAGCUACUCAGGGGGCUGAGGCAGGAGAAUGGCUUGAACCCAGGAGGCAGAGGUCGCAGUGAGCCAAGAUCACACCAGUGCACUCCAGGCGGGCGACAGAGCAAGACUCCGUCUCAAGAAAAAAAAAAAGAAAGAAAAAGUAAAAGCUUGUAGUAUUCUGUCUUGCUGCCUGCUAUUUGAUGUUUUACCUGUGCAUUUUCAAUGUCAGCUUUGAGGUCUGGUAUCAUUCAUAUUAGAGUGGUUUGGGACCUCCAGUGAUUUCCUAGAAGAGUGCGUUUCCUGUUGGAUUCUUUAGGAAAUCCCAUCUGGUAGAUUUUUAGAAAACCUGAUGGAAAAAUGUUCUCUUUAGUUCGUCUCAAGAUAUAUUUAGGGAAAACAGCAAAGCAAGCAGAAGAACAAAGGGAAAAAUUCACCAAUUCCUCAAUAUAACCAUUAUUCAAAGGAAAUAACUCAGAUUAGCAUAUAAAAUAAUCAUUAGCGUUUUACUAUCCAAUAUUUCUUCAAGUUACCAUGUAAUUACAAUUAUGGCAUCAGCUUGAAGUUUGUCAUGCAUGAUUGAUCACUGUGUUUACUUUAGCUAAUCUUCAGUUUUGUGGUUUAACUUUUUAAUGUGGUAGAAUUUUUCCUUCCUUCCCUCCUUCCCUCCUUCCUUCUUUCCCUCUUUCUUUCUCUCUCUCUCUCUUUCUCUCUUUUUCUCUCUCUCUCUUUCUCUUUCUCUCUUUCUCUCUUUCUUUCUCUCUCUCUUUCUUUUUCUCUCUCUCUUUCUCUCUUUCUUUUUUUUCUUUCUUUCCUCGCUUCUUGUCACCCAGGCCAGAGUGCAACGAUGUCAUCUCAGGUCACUGCAGCCUCCGUCUCCUGGGUUCCAACGAUUCUCCUGCCUCAGCCUCCCGAGUAGCUGGGAUUAUAGGCAUGCGCCACUAUGCCUGGCUAAUUUUGUAUUUUUAGUAGAGUUGGGAUUUCUCCAUGUUGGUCAGGCUGGUCUUGGUCUCCCAACCUCAGGUGAUCCGCCCGCCUUGGCCUUCUGAAGUGCUGGGAUUACAGGCAUGAGCCACUGCAUCCGGCUGAAUUCUUUAUUUUUUCAAUACAAUUUUGUAAAGAUGGACCUCAUGUAAAUCCAUCACAGUUUUUCCAGUUCUUUUGAAAUUUGUCACCAUAUUUGGAUAAAGAUAUCUCUUGAACCUCAUUCAAAUAUACUACACAUGUUCUGGAUAAUUCCAUAUUAGACACUCUAGCUAUGGACAGGGCUUCUCAGACUUCAUAUCAAUGUCACACAUAGAAAGUAAAUAUAUCUCAUCCGGGCGAGGUGGCUCACGCCUGUAAUCCCAGCACUUUGGGAGGUCAAGGCAGCAGAUCACCUGAGGUCAGGAGUUCGAGACCAGCCUGGCCAACAAGGUGAAACCCUGUCUCUACUAAAAAUUCAAAAAUUAGCCAAGUGUUGUGGUGCAUGCUUGUAGUGCCAGCUACUCAGGAGGCUGAGGCAGGAGAAUCGCUUGAACCCGGGAGGCAGAGGUUGCAGUGAGCUGAGGUUGCGCCACUGCACUCCAGCCCGGGUGACGAGAGUGAGACUCUGUCUAAAAAAAAAAAAAAAAAAAAGAACGAAAGAAAGUAAACAUAUCUAUAUGGCGCAGUGGGGUAAAGGGUAAAUUUGAAGGAUUUUAGGGACAUCUCACAUGGGCCUAGGCUAAAAUAGUCACUGUGUUUUCUUUAUAUUAUGUAAUUACCAUCAAACUACCAAGGGAAAGGAAAGACAAUAAAUGUUAAAUUUCUAUAAAACUUUCAAAAUAAAAUGUUUUAACAUUUUUUAAUGAGGAA